AUGGAUCGAUGGGAUCGCAGUUCUCAAUUAUUGAUAUCAGCCGCUAUUGGAGUUAGUCGAACAAUCGGUGGUCUUCCGCUUGAACAUCCUCUGGAUACUAUUCGAACAAGAUGGCAAGCAAAUCCAACGAGUUCGAGUAAUUCUUGGCAAGUAGCUCGCGAGAUCUAUGUAUCUAAAGGAUUUCUAGGUUUCUAUUCUGGUGCUAUUCCGAAUACGACUCGGCGUGCCGUCAAACAAACGUAUCGAUGGCCAAUGAUGCUAUUUUUCCCUCAGUUUUAUCGAGAUCAUGUUCUAUCUCAUAGGCUUCAAAAGCAAUAUCCUCGUUUACCGAAGAUUCUUACUGGUCUUUCGAUAGCUAAUUUUGAAAUUCUGGUUAUUAACCCUCUGGAACGGCUGAAAGUCUGGCUCAUGACCAGCCCAACUCGUAUCAGUCUGCUCGAAUUCUUUCAAAGACGCUUAGAUACCCGAGACAUCAUCCGAGAAUUGUAUCGAGGUACAUCAGCUGUAUUCUUCCGUCAAAAUGUUUCCUGGGUCACAUUUUUAUAUACCGAUGAAUUAAUCAAAGCAAAGUUACGCAACUACAAGCAACGUCAAGAUUUAAAUCAUGUCGACCUAUUUGUAGCAGGAAUGAUCGUAGGAUUAGUUAAUACAGGCGCAAUGAUGCCAUUUGAUUAUGUUAAAACUCAAAAGCAAAAAUUCUAUCAGAACAAUGACUCGAUGAUCAGCAUUUUUAGAAUGACUUUAAAGCAAGAAGGCAUUACUCGAUUUUACGUUGGUUGGAAAGUGUAUCUCGUACAGUAUGCUAUUGUGGCUAUUUUAACAGUAAACGUCUUGGAACAAUUAGAACAGAAGUUUAGAAAAACAAGCACAAAGCAAAUUUAA